AUGGCCUCCAACGCAACGCCCAAACGGGCAAAGCGGGCACGCCAGGAGCCUGAGAACAACGAAUCGCCCCUGGCAACAUCCAUCAAGCGACGACGCCUGAAUGUCGCUGCUCCACCGUCGCCCUCAACGCCCAACGCGUUGGAUGCCGUCAGCUCCGCGAUUUCGGGAGCUCUAGGCAAAGCUCACCGCUCGUCCGCGCGUCGGGUUGUCAACGCUCUGGGCGCAGGUCUGAAGAAGCCGGCGAUAGCUGCCGCAGGAUCUGUAGAAGUUCCCGACUCGGAGGACGACGAUCAGCCGGGGACUCCGUCUGGCAGGAAGAAGGUCGCCGGAAGUGCCAAGCUUCCGGCCCAAUCUGCCAAGGUGGUCAGUAGUAGCAUCUACGACUUUCCCGACUCUGAUGAGGAGAUGAGUUCGACGGCGGGUGGGGCGAGCCUGGAGGUGACUCGGACCAAGGAAACCAAAGCACCAUUGCGGAAGAACUCGGUUGCCGCCAAGCUCUUAUCGUCAUCCUCAAAGGCGGCUCGCUCCAAGCUUCAAGCAGAAGACACGUCUGACACUAUGGACGAGUCUGUGGUUAGGAGACGUCCUGGCGUCAAGAGCAGACAGGUUCCAGUUGCCUCUAGCAAUACACCCAAGCUGAGGGGUAUUUUGACGCCCUCAAAGAGGGGCGAGAAGCGUGCACCCAAAAGUGUGGCCUUUGAUGGUGAGGUGAAAGAGAACCGUGGUCGGACUGAAGAGGUUCACUUUGACGAUCUGCCUGGGAAGUCGAUACAGAGUGCGUCUCAAACCAAUGGGCGCGGGGCAGCUAGUCUAGGUCAGAGCAUUAAAACAGGCAAUAAGCCGGAAGUCAAGGCUCAAGUAGUCGGGGCCAAGGAUGAUGCGGAUAAUGAUGAUGACACUGUCACAGACGAGGAAGUAUGCGUGAUCUGCUCCUUACCUCAUUCCGAGCCACCAAACGAGAUACUAUUUUGCGACAACUGCGACAAGGGAUACCAUCAGGACUGUUAUAAUGUUCCUGUUAUUCCCAAGGGCGAUUGGUUGUGUCGGGAUUGCUCUGAUGAAUCCUCAGGGACGACGACUACAACCCAAGCAACUCAGACAAACGGAUCAAAGGAAGCAAUAAGCAUUACCGCCAAAAGAUAUCCAGUUCCGGACAUAGCAAAUUUCGAGGAACAUAUAUGUGCUAUACAGCGUUUGUUACUUGACCGGUGUACGGGAAAGAGACAGAUAAAGCUUCGUGGGCAGGAGGAGGCGUAUGAUAAAGCGUUACGACUUGUGGAGCAGACUGUGGUGGCCGGAGAAGGCAAUUCCAUGCUCGUCAUUGGGGCGCGAGGAUGCGGAAAGACUGCGCUUAUUGAUAAUGUUAUUUCCGAGAUUGCCGCGGAGCACAAGGACGAUUUCCAUGUUGUGAGGCUGAAUGGUUUCAUCCACACGGAUGAUAAAAUUGCGCUCAAAGAAAUAUGGCGGCAGCUAGGGAAGGAGAUGGAGGUUGAGGAUGGGCUCAUCAACAAGACAAACAACUACGCCGACACGCUCGCUUCUCUUCUCGCCGUUCUGUCUCAUCCUUCGGAAAUCGCAGGAGCGGACUCGGGAGUGACGUCCAAAUCGGUUGUUUUUGUCAUGGAUGAGUUCGAUCUUUUCGCAACUCACGCCAGGCAGACGCUGCUAUACAACCUUUUCGAUAUCGCACAAGCUCGCAAGGCACCCAUCGCCGUCAUUGGACUCACAAGCAAGGUAGACGUGGUGGAGACUCUGGAAAAGCGCGUCAAAAGCAGAUUCAGCCACCGCUAUGUUUACUUGUCGCUGCCCAAGACGCUCGGUGCUUAUUGGGAUAUCUGCAAGCAGGGACUCUUGGUUGAGCCUGAUGAAGUGAUGCUUGCAGGGCUGAGCGGUCCUUCAGCUGGUCGCAAAGCUUUCAACGAUUGGUGGAACAAGCAAAUAGAGACGCUCCGUGAGGAACCGGGUUUCCGCGACCAUCUCGAAUUUCACUACUACAGCAGCAAGUCGGUUACGGCAUUCUACAAUUCAUGCAUAAUUCCAUUGUCACAGAUUUCGGCUUCGCAGCCUUGGUUGACGAUGCCUUCAGCAGCCGAGGCUGGACUGGCCCUCGAGGCACCAGAGUCUAAACUCGUCCUCCUUGAGUCGCUUUCUGACCUGGAUCUGGCACUCCUGAUCGCGGCUGCACGGCUGGACAUCGUGGCGCAUACCGACACGGUCAACUUCGCCAUGGCGUACGAUGAGUACACAUCCCUCAUGGGACGGCAGCGUGUAAUGUCCGCGACGUCUGGAGUGCUGGCGCUCGGCGGAGGGGCAAGGACUUGGGGUAGAGGCGUGGCCGGCACGGCAUGGGAGCAUCUCAUCUCGGUGGGGCUUUUGACGCCGGCCUCGGGGGCCGGCAGAGCAAGUACGGGAAACAUGGGUCUCGAGGCCAAGAUGUGGAAGGUUGAUGUGGCGCUCGAGGAGAUACCGAUCGCUCUCAAGCCCAGCAGUAUCCUCGCCAGGUGGUGCAGGGAAAUAUGAAAUGGAUUUUAAUCGUUGGGCUAAUCGAAUUUUCAUGCUGGCUUGAAGAUAAAUUCGCUAGGGUCAUGCAUGCGGUCAGAAGCUUGGCUCGCAAGACCCUGCCCUAAGACCAGGCCUGCCCUACGAAGGAAUCGGGGCGAGGGAGCUUGACCUUUUUUUUUUUUUUUGCCCUCCCAAAAAAAAACCCCUCUUUUUAGGAGAAGCCGGCACCCUCACUGCCUGUGUGUGUGUACAUGUCGUGUCAUCAUCAAUCAACAAGGGCGAAGCAAGAUUGCCCGUUUUGGUGCGGAGUGGCCGGCAGGGAGCUGGAGAGGAAACACUUGUGCGGUGUCACACCUGUGCUGCGCUUAGCUACAGCUCAAACCGCAAAGUUAGCCAAUCACGACUAGCUUACAGGUCGCAAGUCGCCAAAUCAAAAGCCAAGGGUUGUACGUAGGUGGACAGCCGCAG